AUGAGGACUCUGGUUCCAUGGGUGGACCAUGCCUCACUACCAGCGUUGUGCCACCUCUCGCCGCGCGCGUGCGCCGAGCUGGACGCGCUCAUGCAUCUCGGCAGCCCCAUCUUUGCCUCGAUCCUCAGCAACUUUGCGUUCUCGCUCACGGCACUUCUCGUGGCGGGGCGUCUCGGGACGACCGAGUACGCGGCGGUUGGCUACGCCCAGCUCGUGCUCGACUUCACACUCACCGUCUUCACACACGGCUUCAAUAGAGGCCUCGUGGCGCUCGCAGCCCAAGCGUACGGCGGCCACAGCCAUGCACUCAUCGGGCACUACACGCAGCUCACCGCCAUGUUGCUUACUCUCCUCUGCGUUCCGCUAAGUCUGCUCUGGUACUACAGCUGCGGCCUCCUUCAUGUCGUCGGGCUCACGCCGGCGAGCGUUGCCUUCGCUAUGCAGUACGCGCGCGCCUCGAUUCUUGGACUCUGGCCGCGCCUCCUCUUUGAGGUCGUUGCGACGUCGUUUCAGGCGCAGCAGCUCGCAUCGCCCGCAGCCAUCGCGUCGCUCAGCGCCGUGGCUUUCCAUGCGCUGACGAGCGCUCUCUUGGUCUUUGGUAUGCCGCUACUGGGCGUCCGCGGACUCGGGUUUCUUGGUGGCCCGCUCGCGAUGAGCCUCACGCUGUGGGGUCGGCUAGCCGGGUAUGUCUAUUACAUGCACCGGGUCGCGCCGCUACAGUCGCUUUGGCAGUGGUCGCCGCGGUCGCUCGCGUGGGCGCAAGUAGCCGCGCUUCUCUCGAUAAGCGCACCGCUCAUGCUCGGCAAGCUUGUUGAGAAUCUCCAGCUCCAGAUCAUGGCCAUCUUUGCCGCCCUCCUCAGCGACGUGUCGUUGGCUGCGCAAACGACGAUGCUGCAGAUCGUGUUCCUUGCGACGUCGCCCGUCUGCGCGCUCCACGACGCUGCCGUGAGCCGCAUGGGCAUGUACUUGGGGGCGGGCCACGCCGAGGCAGCUGCGUACGUCAGCCGACUCGUACUCGGCGCGGUUCUCUUCACGUCCUCGGGCCUCGCACUGUCGUGGGUGCUUUGCCGGCACUGGAUCAGCGUCGUCUUCACAUCCGACUCGCGCGUGAUCGACCUCAUUGGCAGCGUGCCCCUGCUAGCGGCGUGCGGCUACGUCGCCCUCUCCACGCUUUUCUGCUACGCCAUGGCAAUACUGAGUGCGCAAGCCCGCGCCGGACCCAUCUUGACGGCGUUCGUGUGCGGCACGUGGUUUGUGGGCGUCCCAACGGCGUAUGCACUCAGCCAGUUUGACAACAGAGGUCUUCUCGGUGUCUGGAUGGGCACGAGUCUGGGGUAUGGCGUCACCACCGUUCUUGGCGUCUACUACGCAUGCUACGUCUCGGACUGGGUCGAGGAGGCCGCCAAGGCUGUCGCUCGCACGCGAUCCUUGGGCGCGACCGCGCCGCUAGUGCUGGCUACCGUCAAGGCCACCGACUACGGCUCCGCAGCCGACUCUAUCAUAAUCCAAUGCGACUAG